UGCAAUGCAAGAGGUGUAGUCAGGCUGUUACUAUAAUGUUCCUUCUUAAUUGGCUUGGUAACGUUAUAGAAAAUGGUUUAUUGUAUAGAUAUGGCAACUAAUCUCCUGCUGUGAAAAAAAAUUGUUUUGCUCGUUUUCUGUCAUUUUUGGCGGUGCGGGUUUUGAGUAAAUCAUUCCCUCGAAAAGAGCCAGUCCUGGCAACCCUGCUUGAAAGCGCGCUGUGUGUAUAGCAGGCUGCUUUUCACCGGAGCACGGAUGAAACUACGGACGGAGCGGAGAGAAUUUGGACCGCGAAGAGAACAAGACCCAACGUUGAACUGAUUUGAUAAGUGUCAGAUAUUAAAUUAGUGGGUAGCAUUAGUUAGUUUUUUUAAUCCCUUGAUAAGUGAACGUUAGUCUCGGACAUUCCCAUCGUUUGCCUGCAUUGAUGAACACAAGACUUGACUUCACCCUGUCUCUUAUGAAUAUUGAAUUCGCGGUAUGAAUUGUUUACAUCUGAUAGUUUGAUGGGGCUUUUAAGGAUUAUGAUGCCUCCCAAGUUACAGCUUUUGUCUAUUUUGGUUUUUGGAGUGUCGAUGCUCUUCAUUGAAAACCAAAUCCAGAAAUUGGAGGAGUCGCGGGCAAAACUGGAGCGUACCAUCGCCAGACACGAGGUGAGGGAGGUGGAGCAGCGCCACACCCAAGAUGGCGUACGGGACACGCCGCCGCUGGCUGAGGCAGAGGACGUGGUUAUCAUAUAUAACAGAGUGCCCAAGACGGCGAGCACGUCGUUCACCAACAUCGCCUACGACCUUUGUGGAAAGAACCACUUCCACGUUUUGCACAUCAACACCACCAAGAACAAUCCUGUCAUGUCCUUACAAGACCAGGUGCGCUUUGUCCGAAAUGUGACGUCCUGGAGAGCGAUGAAGCCUGGGUUCUACCACGGACAUGUGGCUUUCCUCGACUUCUCCAAGUAUGGGGUGAGAGGUAAACCUGUUUACAUCAACGUGGUCCGGGACCCCAUCCAACGCCUCGUAUCAUACUACUACUUCCUGAGGUUUGGUGAUGACUACAGGCCUGGCCUUCGACGGAGAAAACAAGGUGACAAAAAGACCUUUGAUGAGUGUGUGUCAGCAGGUGGUUCUGACUGUGCCUCUGAGAAGCUUUGGCUCCAGAUCCCGUUCUUCUGCGGACACUACUCAGAGUGCUGGAAUGUAGGCAGCAGGUGGGCCCUGGAUCAGGCCAAGUAUAACCUGCUGAAUGAAUAUCUACUAGUCGGGGUGACAGAGGAGCUGGAGGACUUUAUCAUGAUGCUGGAGGCAGCCCUGCCACGCUUCUUCAAGGGUGCCACAGGCCUCUACAAAACAGGUAAGAAGUCCCACCUGCGUAAGACCACAGAGAAGAAGCCACCCACCAAGGAGUCCAUCGCCAAGCUGCAGCAGUCUGACGUUUGGAAGAUGGAGAACGAGUUCUAUGAGUUUGCCCAGGAGCAGUUCCAAUUUGUCAGAGCCCACGCCGUCCGGGAGAAGGACGGGGAGCUCUACCUGCUGGCACAGAACUUCUUCUAUGAGAAAAUCUACCCCAAAGUGAACUAGGGUGGAGCUGGGUUAACAUCAGGCCAGGUGGAUGGUGAUGAGGUCUGGGUUAACAUCAGGCCAGGGGGGGAUGUUGAUGAGGUCUGGGUUAACAUCAGGCCAGGGGGAUGUUGAUGAGGUCUGGGUUAACAUCAGGCCAGGGGAUGGUGAUGAGGUCUGGGUUAACAUCAGGCCAGGGGGAUGUAGAGGUCUGGGUUAACAUCAGGCCAGGGGGAUGUAGAGGUCUGGGUUAACAUCAGGCCAGGGGGAUGUAGAGGUCUGGGUUAACAUCAGGCCAGGGGGAUGUUGAUGAGGUCUGGGUUAACAUCAGGCCAGGGGGAUGUUGAUGAGGUCUGGGUUAACAUCAGGCCAGGGGGAUAUGUUGAUGAGGUCUGGGUUAACAUCAGGCCAGGGGGAUGGUGAUGAGGUCUGGGUUAACAUCAGGCCAGGGGGAUGUUGAUGAGGUCUGGGUUAACAUCAGGCCAGGGGGAUGUUGAUGAGGUCUGGGUUAACAUCAGGCCAGGGGGAUGUAGAGUUCUGGGUUAACAUCAGGCCAGGGGGAUGGUGAUGAGGUCUGGGUUAACAUCAGGCCAGGGGGAUGUUGAGGUCAUACACUCUACUCUCUGUGCUAGUUCAGACGGCAGAGCCUGACCACUAUUCACCCUGUUACACACGUUACAGAAUGCCAUCAUAACAAUAACUGUGUCUGACGUGUGGAUGGGGACCUACUGUACCACUUCUACAGGUUAUUGAAGCCAGAUCCAACAUGGUGUCCUGUACUUCUCUGUAGCUGGCCACUUCUACAGGUUAUUGAAGCCAGUUCCAACAUGGUGUCCUGUACUUCUCUGUAGCUAGUCACUUCUUCUACAGGUUAUUGAAGCCAGAUCCAACAUCUGUAGAUACACGCAGGUCAGAGGUCAAUAAGCCCCCCCUCCACUGGGGACCUGCCUUGUGGUCUUCAGGCUCCAACUCAAAAUGGCUGCCCACAACCACAUCGGACGACGUCCAGCAAAAGAUUUUGUAUAUUUUACUUUUCGUUUUUUAAAAAUUAAAACAAACAACAUAUGAGAAGGUCAAUUCAAAAGAAAACAGGAGUAUGUCAGAAAUUGGGACGUUUGAUCUGUUGAACAAAACGUCAGAUCAAAGUGUCAGAAGGACAGUUUGCUGGCUCGUGUCAGAAGGACAGUUUGCUGGCUCGUGCCAGAAGGACAGUUUGCUGGCUCGUGUCAGAAGGACAGUUUGCUGGCUCGUGCCAGAAGGACAGUUUGCUGGCUCGUGCCAGAAGGACAGUUUGCUGGCUCGUGCCAGAAGGACAGUUUGCUGGCUCGUGCCAGAAGGACAGUUUGCUGGCUCGUGCCAGAAGGACAGUUUGCUGGCUCGUGCCAGAAGGACAGUUUGCUGGCUCGUGCCAGAAGGACAGUUUGCUGGCUCGUGCCAGAAGGACAGUUUGCUGGCUCGUGCCAGAAGGACAGUUUGCUGGCUCGUGCCAGAAGGACAGUUUGCUGGCUCGUGCCAGAAGGACAGUUUGCUGGCUCGUGCCAGAAGGACAGUUUGCUGGCUCGUGCCUAAGCUGGGUGGCUGUGAAAGGGAGGUAAUGUAACAAGGAGGAAAGGGUGAUGCCGGGUGGCUUCAGCUCGGUGUGAUGCCGGGUGGCUUCAGCUCGGUGUGAUGCCGGGGGCUUCAGCUCGGUGUGAUGCCGGGUGGCUUCAGCUCGGUGUGAUGCCGGGUGGCUUCAGCUCGGUGUGAUGUUGCUAGCGAUGCCGGGUGGCUUCAGCUCGGUGUGAUUUUGCUAGCGAUUGCUGGGUGGCUUCAGCUCGGUGUGAUGUUGCUAGCGAUGCCGGGUGGCUUCAGCUCGGUGUGAUGUUGCUAGCACUGUCGGGUGGCUUCAGCUCGGUGUGAUGUUGCUAGCACUGUCAGUGGCUUCAGCUCGGUAUGAUGCCGCUAGCACUGUGUGUUAAGGGCUGUUCAUCUACAUUGUGUGUGUGUGUACAGUCGUGGCCAAAAGUUGAGAAUGACACACAUGAAUUUUCAUUUUGUUGCCUCAGUUUGUAUGAUGGCAAUUUGCAUAUACUCCAGAAUGUUAAGGAGA